GGAGACGCGGGCUUAUCUCUAUUACCUCUCCCAGCUGGAAAGGAUCGUAUUUAUCUCCCCUCACACCCCCAUCCCGCCCCCCAGCAACGAGGCGAGAGAUACCCCACUGUGUAUCCGCUCCCACGUGAAUGACUCGCCCUGCGUUGAGCGACCCCCCAGUCUCCGAGCGCCUCCUGAAUCCGCCAACCGGCACCAUGUCAUUUGUGAAUGGUGAGACCUAAUCGGAGAAGGCGAGUCUCUCUCUCUCUCUCUCUCUCUCUCCUGAACGCUUCCCAUCCUGGCGAACUUUCCACCGAACCUCGGCUGCUGUGCCCGAGCCCUGGCCCUGAGCCCAGGGAUUGAGAACCUGUCACUCGACCCAAUGGGAGACAGCAAGAGAGUUAUUUAUCGUCUCCUCCUCUCUCUCGAGAUGUGUUUGUAGACCCGGCGCCAGGAUUGUUUUCAUGUGUCACUCCGAGCCAUUGGACAAAUCGUGUGUAUUUUAUUUGGACCGUUCGGAAUGGCACAGUUCCCUUUGUAUUUGAACUCCGCAAUGCUGGUGUUGUUUAGCUGCGAAUUCCGCCUGGUGACAGCAACUGAUAGACCACCAGCUCCUGUCAAUGUCACUGUCAGUCACCUGAAGGCCAACUCAGCCAGUGUGUCCUGGGAUGUUCCUGAAGGAGAUGUUAUCAUUGGUUAUGCAAUAUCACAACUGCGAAAAGAUGGUCAAAUGCAAAGGUCAAUCCGUGAAGUGAAUACAACAAACCGAGCAUGUGUGCUGUGGGAUUUAGAGGAAGACACGGAGUACGUGAUCCAAGUUCAAUCAAUUGGUCUGAAUGGGGAAAGCCGGGCCAGCAAGCGUGUCCAAUUCAGAACUCUAAAGGAAACUGAUUGGGUGCCAUCAAAUAGCUCGAACAAAGAUGACCCAACAGUGCAGGAAAUGAAUAGAAACAUGCCAUUACAGACGGGAGAAAUGAUCAUUAUCGUGACAGUUCUGAUCAUGUGGGCAGCUGUGAUAGCUCUCUUCUGCAGACAGUAUGACAUCAUUAAGGAUAACGACUCAAACAACAACAAGGAAAAGGCCAAGCCGUCGUCAGAGCACAGCACCCCUGAACGUCCAACAGGUGGAUUACUGCGUAGCAAGUUCCAAAAUAACACGCCAGCCAUUAACAUCAUUGAAGUUUGACUGCUGCAGUAUGGCACUGUAGAUGGAGCAACAACACAGCAGACUGAAGGAACAUUAUCUAAAUCUUAUUUAUCCAUACUUUGCAUUUUAACACCAGUUCUUUAUGCCUGAAAGCAUGUCGUAGUCAAGAGUUUCUUCCCUCAGAGACAUCUGCAUGGAGACUGAAGCCAUGCAUGUGGGAAUCCUUCUUCAAAACAAAGGACCAUCAAAGAUGACCUGUGCAGACAUUGCCCAGAUCCCAGGGACUUGCAGUAGCAGCCAGGCGCUAAAUUUUGCUCUGCCGGCUUCAGAGCACCCCACUCCUUAAAAGUCUAGCUUUCAUUUGUUGGUCUGCCAGUUCACAGAUCUGCCCUUUCUUUGUCAGAGGGCAGUCAACUGCCAGGAAGAUCAGUUUAGGGUCACAACAACAGGAAGGUGAUUAGUUAUGAAAUAACACAUCUCCAAUCUGAAGUCAGCAAAUUGCCAAGCACCCGCUGGAAUAAAAAGGUGAGGGAGCGCAUUACAGUGUGUCUAAGAUUAAAUUUUGAGAUUUUUUAAAUGUGCCAAUGAUAUUCAGAAUUAAUCAUACUUCUUUCCAAUCUGAUCCAAGAUCUUCAGUUAAGAUUCUAAUGUCAAACCACAUUGCCUCUAGUUGGUACUGACAUUGCAUACAUUUAUAGCUUAUUUUUGAAUUGUUGCAGGAUUCAAUGCAGAUUCAGAUCCAUACACAUACAUCCAUGUUAUAUGAAGCAUCAGUUUCACCUUGGUUAAUUCCACUUUAGUAAAAUAACAUUUUUAAUUUCAUUAACAUUCAACCCAUUAUGUUGAUUGGUAAUAUUCCCAACAGAGAGAUUAACCACAAAAGAGAAACAGGUUUCUCUUAAUUAAUGGAGUUAGGGCUCUUAUUUAUACCAUGGUUAGCACUCAAUAUUAAUGGAUUCCUUACAAUAUAACACUCUGUGUAAUAAUAUGAUUGUAAUUAGAAAUAGUAGAAUUGACUGAGAAAAAUGUUACCAACUUCUGAAUCUUUGAAGAGUUUGCUGCUUUAAAUUUAAAUAGGAAAUCCACUAAUCUGUUCAAAUGUUUCUCUAUAGAAGUGGAUUUCUUUUUAUUUUGAUUGCAGAGCCAAAGACAGCAAUAUCCUGUGCAAGGGAUGAAAUGCCUGAUAUUGAGAAUUAUUUUAUAUGCCAUGCCUGUGGAAUAAUGGAAAAUGGUAUGAAUGGAAUAGUAUGUCAAAGUGAUAGUACUUUUCUAUGUGUUAACAAUUACAAUGAAUUAAUAAUGCAAGCUGAACUAAAUAUUUAUUUGCCCUCUUGUUUCUUUUUGUUGUUUUCCUACUACUGUGUUGUUCUGUGACAAAGAAGAAUCUUGGGACAGUGUUAACAAUCAUUUUCUAACCAAUGUGAUGAGAAGGUAACUGGUUACCUAGGGAACCUGCGAUGAAUUUUUUCCCCACUUACUCACCUAAAUGAAAGUGGAUACCUGCUCUUUAAGUGGUUUCAUCUGACAGUGUGGUCAACAUCAGAAUAAUAUUUGCAUAUUAAUUUUCUGAAACAUCUUAGUGUCAUGCAUUAAGCCAUCUAUAAACAAUGCCAAGAAAUGCCUCACUCUUUCUAUCCCAAGGUCCAAAAGCAGAAAAUUUCCUAAAUACAGCUAGGCUGUCCUAUGGAUUACUUAGUCCCUCAGUUAGUGUCUACCACAAUAUGUAUUGCCAGAUGAUGAAAGACAAUGCUUUUUCUGCAGCACCAACAGCAGAAAGGAACUAUGACAUGUAAAAGGGUUUGUGUUGGGACUACAGCUAACAAAGCAAUGAGAUUUUAAAAUGUUUUCAUGAAGUCAAUGCCCCUUUAAUGUUUGUUCACUCUUUACUGAUUAAUUAAGGGAUGGGUCUAGAGACUCAGCAGUGCACAUAUGUUAAGCUAUUGCCAAGUGGCACAACAACGGCUCUUUAAUGUGUGUCCUCUGCUUAUAUAUUCAGAGGCACCUGAGGCUAUGCACAAAAGAAGGCAAGAUAAUCCAGCAGUUCGCUGUGAGCAGGGGUCAUGGGGAGAGAGAGGACCGAGGCUGGAGUGGGUGGGGCUGGUCAUUAGAAAGUGAAUUGAGGAGAGGGCAGCCUAUCAGCAAUCAGUAAUCUUGGACCCUACAACUGCCAGUCAGGUGAGAGUUGUCAUUGAGCCAGGUGUUGAUUGUUGUUUGGGAGCUGUUGAAUUGGUGGAGGCAAGGGAGGUGGUGAUCAUCAAUUUGGGGAGAUUAGUGACUCAUGGAUGGUGGCUGAGUCACAGACUUGCAGGAUGUAGCCUGUGGUCAGGUCAUGAGAUCGGUGUUUAGUGGUUGGGUAGUUAGGGCCUGGAGAACAGGUAAUCAGGGAAUGGAGGGAGUUGAUGGGCACCCUUAGGUGGGGAGUGGAGAUUGCCAGUGAGGGUUGGUGGGUUGAGAGACCUGAGGGAAAGCAGCAAAGUAAAGAAAUUGAAAGGAAUCUAGCUGGGUUACCAGAUUGGGAGGCCUCCUUUAAACUGUGCUGUUGUAGAGUACACAGCACUAUUAAAAUUGGUGAGGCUAAGUGUGCCUAACAAGAAACCUCUUGUAGAAUUGUGUGAACCAAUUUCUCUUGACAGCAUUCAUGGAGAGUGACAUCAUUAUGUGCACACCUGAUGUAGAAAAUGUGUAUCCAUGCCAUCAUGAUUUGGGAUAGGGAGUGCUCAGUCAAAUUCUGGUGCAUGAUUCACCUGGAAUCCAUCAAAGUAUUGAUUUUCAUUUGCAUGAUGCUGAAGAGGCAAUGCUCUGUAAUUGAAUUUCUAACAUAUUUCUGUGUCACCACCCUUUGUGCCAAUUUUAACUGAGGCGUUAACUCACUUAAAUUGUUGAUUCAUGCUUCUUAUAUAAAAAAACAGCAGACCGCGGAGGUAUGCUGAAAUGCAAUAAAUUAAUAAUUUCCCCAGCCUAAUUUAAAGACAAACAGAUUUCAUUGAAAGCAGCAUCACACUGAAAUAAUUACAUAAUAGGUUCAAUUGGAUAAUCUCAGUAAAAGAGAUUACUGCUCUCUUCAGUAUUCCCCACCUUUUCAAAAAAAACAUUCCCAAGGGUAACAUUAAAGGAAUUUUUCCCCUCCCUGCACCACUGGUGAAGCAUUACAGAAUGCAGUACAUCAAGAUGUUCAUUUGAGCAGAAAGUUGCAGGUCGUACGCUGGAGGCCUAGAAAAAUGCCACCCCUUAAGAAAAUAGGGCAUAAUGAAGAAGCCUCAUUUAUAGACUGGGGUAUAGAUAGUACUUCAUUUUGCAUGGCAUGUAUUCAGUUCAGACUUCAACAUCACAUAUUUCUAGAUAUUAUUAUGUAUCUGACCCAUAAUCCUAUUAGACUGCAAAAGCUCUACAUUGAAAGUUGGGUGAGCAUCAGGUGUGCUCUGCAUCUUGUAUCAGCUCUGCAACCAGAUCCUGAUUGGUUGAAGCUGCUUUCCAAAAGCAGACCAUUGAGUUUUUUUUAUAGAAUCUAUGAAACAGCAGCAUGCAUGACACUUACACACUUGCUUUAAUUGAAAGUGAUUAUUAUUGAAACAUCCUUUGGAUAGUACAUGUCCAAAAGAUUUCCAGUCUUCUAUAACUUAAAGGGGAGAGCAAUGACAUUCCAUAAAUAGUUGGUAUUACUUAAGGGGGUUAGACCACAGAUAUGAUGGGUGACACAUGGUGGUCCUGUGGAAUAUCCAGACUACAUUUUUAGAAAUCAUAAUGCUAAAUGUAACGUACCUUUUGAAGUAUGUCGAGGCCUUGCAAGAUGAUUCGAUAAUGGUGCCCUCAGAUAUGGGAGAUCUGCAAAGUCUAAACAGAAUUCUCAGUACUUCUAGAGCAGUUUAUUUCUCAUGUAACAGAAAUACCUUCCUUCAGUAUUUCCUUUCUUUUGCAGUCUUAUAUUCAAAUUGACAAUUUUUCUUGGUCAGAAAGUUAAAAUAUGUGACAGGCAAACAUGCAUUGUACAAAAACUAAUCAGAUAUAGCGUGUUGCAUGCAUUUCACAUUUAUAAUUUACAGGCCAGCCCAAAGGCUUGAUAAUUGGUUGCCACAUCAUCCAUAUUUUAUCCUCAAAAGCUUUUAUCCAGUAACCAGAUUCUUCCUUCUGGAAAAAAGUAUCAUCUAAUUUUAUGUUUCUAAUUCUUGGCACUUUGAAAUGUAAUCAAAGUAUUUCUACUUUAAGUGAUGAGUUGAAAACAUUUUACAAGCAGACGCAGAAUCAUUUGUCAAACGGUGUGUGACCCCAGUUUUUCCACACUUACUAACUUGAAAAGAUUGCUUUGCUAUCUGUGAUCCCUUUAUGUUUUUACAUUAGGUCCUUAGAACUCCACAGUCUGAUCAGAAUAAUGCUUAUCUUUGAAUCUGUCUGGGAUUGGGUGCUAGUUGUUCCAUUGUUUGCAUAGUAGUUUGAACCUUGUAAAAUAAUGGCAGACAAAAUACCCCUCACAAGGAUCAUGGAAUCCCCAACCAGGAUGCAGGUCAUUUGAUCCCUAGCCUAUUUUCUAGUUUUUCUGCUCUAAGUUUGCUGCAGUUGUGGUAAGAAUAUAUUGAAAGGCUUGAGAAUGUUCAGCCCUCAUAGCUGUUCCUACAGGAAAAUGGUGCUGUUGAAGUUCCUGUAAACUUCAAAGAGUUAACAAUGCCAGUGGAAGUCUGGGACAUUGCCAGCAUCAAGGCAGCAUUUUAAAGAGGUGGAGUCAAUGAAAAUAACAAUCAGGAGAAAAGUGAAUAGGGUUUCCAUUCUCAAUUAUUUCACAAUAUCUGCCCUUAUCAAUACAUAAAGUGGAGCUUAAAUGGUAACCCAAACAUAACAAAGCUCUUUAGAAUCUUCAGAAUCCUGAGACUGGACUCCCUGAUGACUUUUGGCCAAGGUAUAUUGUAGAAUGCUGUUCUGCUGAUGUGAUGGUGAAGUCCAGGUGGGUUCAGUGAACUGUGUCCAUCCCUUACUGCUGGGAUUAUCCUUUAAUUCCUUUGAAGUAGAGGCCGGGGGCAGAAAUCCUGUAGUUAAGACAAAAGUGUGACAGAACAGAGUUUUAUUCAGGAGGCCUGUCCUCAUUAUGACACUAUUCCAAGUCUCAGCAACAGGGUAAAUUAAACAUUAUAUUCACUCAUCAACGAUGAGGGAGUUACCCUCUGAGGUAUUAAAUCCCAGCAUGAGUCACUGCUUUCACGAUAGAGGAAGUGAAAAUGGAAAUUGGAAGGAAAAUGAAGACAAAGAUCAGAGAGAUUAUGAGUUUUUGAACUAAAAGAAAUCUGUGUGGUUAAAACAAAACGAACACUGGAAAUCCGCAAGAUAAUUUGUUUGUAUAGUCGCACACUAUGACAUCCCAUUGUUAUUUGUAGCUAAUUUGUUCAUUUUUUUAGUGCAGAUACUGUUUUGAAGGAAAAAGUACAGGCAGGUAACUGACCAAUUAAUUUAUUUAGGGCCAUUAAAGUUAAACAUUGACCACACACUAAGAUAACCUAAACUAUUACAAAAGUUUCCAAGGCAUCAUUAACGUUCACCUCAGACAGCGCUUCAGUUUCCAAGCUCCUUGUGAUAGUGUAGCACUGCUUUAGAACUUCCUGACUAUCUGUCACAAUUAAUCUUGAAGUGGGUCAUGAAAUCACAACUGUGCUUUAACAUGUGAAAUGGAGCUAGUAUCUACAGAUGCAUUAUUUUAUUUUGAUUAUCUCCUAUCUCCAAAUUCUACUCUAUUGCAGUGCAGAAAUUAAUUUUAAACAUUCUGAAAAAAUUGAUAUGGCUGAACCCAAUUGGAACAAAGAUUAGCUGCUCCCUGUGUUUCCUACCGUGAGUUUUUCUGUGCAAUUACUGAUUUAGACUUUAAUUAUUUUCAUGAAAAAUGCAGUUCAUUCCUUAUUUUAAGUGCUUGGGAAUAUUUUAUUCCCAGUUAAAGGUACUAUAUAAACAGAAAUCUCUAAUAUGAACUAGAAUUACCACUAAAUUUGGAAGUGUAUAAAAUUAUGAGGGGCAUAGAUAGGGUGGACAAGCAAUAUCUUUGUCCCAUAUUGAGCGAUCCAAUACCAGAGGGCAUGCAUUUAAGGUGAGAGGGGGUAGGUUCAAAACAGCCAUGAGGGGUUUGUUGUUUACUGAGAGAGUGGUGGAUGCUUGGAGUUCGUUGCCUGAUAGGGUGGUGGAGGCAAAUUCAUUGGGGGCUUUUAAGAGGGGCUUGGAUGGGCACAUGAAUGAGAGGAAAAUAGAGGGAUAUGGGCAUUCUGUAGGUGGGAGGGAAUAGCUAUGUCGGCACAACAUUAUGGGCCAAAGGGCCUGUUCUGUGCUGUACUGUUCUAUGUUUUAUGUUCUAAAUUUAUAUAUUGUGUAAGUAAUAUGAGUUGCAUAGGACUUAAUAUGAGUAAUAAUAAUUCAAAUUUCAUGUAAGAUAUCAAAAGAAAAAAAAAGAGAUUUAAGUAGUUGAAAUGCUGGCAUAAUCUGAUUGGAAAAUGCUGGGAGCAUUAGUCACACUAUCUGCAAAUAUAUUUUUGAUAGCCAGACAUAAAAGCUAUUUGACUUAUCAUCUUAUAAGAUGAUGUUGUAAGAUUUAGCAAUGCAUUUUAUAGAUAAAGAACAAAAUUCACUUCCUGGCAAGCAAAGGUCUGUACAUUCACCACAAUUUCAUAAAAUUAGCCACCUAUCAUCAGGUUAAAGCAUUGAGGUGUAAUUGAUUCCAUGUGUAAAAUAUAAUGUAGGAGUAUCAUUACAAUGCUCUGUUCACCUCAUGACCCAUGGUUAACAAAUGAUGGAGCCAGAAGUGUAUCACAAUAUUGUGUUUUAAAAUUUUGGUCAAAUAAUAUCUGAAAUAGGACCCAUUCAUCAGUAUUAUAGAGAUUGUAUGAUUACUCUGUGUUCAUCUCAGCUGUAUCAACACUUUUCUGCAUUUCCAAUUUAUUUUAGCUGAAGAAUUUCCUGCCAUAUUUAAAACUGUGAUUGCUAGUGUGAUUAAUUGUUAAUAGCUGGUAUGAUAUAGGCACCUCUGUUAAAAGAGUUCAACUACAAACAUCUUCUGCUGCUCAGAAAAAGAGUGGAGACAAGUCAUCCCUGACCCUAAGGACUGCCUACGAAGAUGAGAGUUAAUGUGGAAAGCAUAACUAUUCUGUGAGUUUUAUGAGCAAUUAUCAUUUGCAACAGUUUUGCUUAAUGCAGACAACAGUUUAUAUAAUUGCACUUCAACACAAAACUGAUUGCUUGCAGCAGUUGCUAAUACCACUUUAAUCAGAUAGUUAGUGGAUAAAUUCUGACAUGUUUGUUUCUCAUAUCAUACUGACUAUUGGUAAGUUAUUACUCUCAUUAAAACAGUGUAAUUAAAACUGCCCAAAAUUCAUUGGCUGCUCCUACAUCUGCCUUUUGUUGUUCUGCAUUUUAUUGCCCUGUAAUAUCAGAGAAGUGGAUUUUAUGUCACGCUGAUCUGGGAUUUUCCAGGAAAUAGAAAUGUGCAGCCUUCAAGCAUCACUUUGUCUGAAGCUCAAAGAUGACUAUCAUCGCCACAAAGAACAAAUUAUUUCCCAGUGGCUUUUGAAUCAGAAUCAGGUAUUUGAAGAAGCUCUUAUUCAAAGAGUCAGUAUUUGUUCAGGGCUUGAGGGAAAGGUACAAGGAUCCUUGGAUAGCAUAGGUAUCUUCACCGAUCUUCAUUGAACAGUUACAGAAUUCAGAUUAGAAACCCAAAGGACAUGAAGAUCUCUGGUUACAGUGUGUGGAUAGCACCAAGGGAUUUUCCUUGAAAGUUGACCAGGAUUUUUGAAUGCUCCCAAAUUUCUAGUGCAAAACUUGGAGAAGCCUAUUUAUCUCUAGUGCCGUGAAAUGUGUUCUUUCUACUAUAGGUGAUAUCAUAGUGGAGUGUGGAAAGGGUGGAGAGAGGGAGAAGUGAGGUGAAGUGGGUGGGAGGCAGUUGACCAGAACUUACAUUGACUGGAUUACCACUUGAUCCCAUUUUUUUUCCUGCUUUGCUUGAACAACUUAUCUACCACAUUUCCAAAAUUUCCACUCCAAUUCUACCAAAAGAGCAGCAGACGGAUGUGUGAAGCCUUGCAAGAAUUCAUGCCCAUUAAGACAGAAUUAGGCUGUACAGCCCAUUAAAAUUGCACUGGCAUUUUAAUAAGCAAAUUUCCUGCAAGUAGGACCAGAAUCCCAGUCAUGUAAGGUCUUUAGUCCAUCACUUGGAUGGCAGUGGUAGGGGUUCCCUAAUCUGGGAUUGCUCAAGGCAUGGUGUAUGAUUGUCAACUAAUUCACCAAGGAUCAUGAGCCUAACAUGGGUCAGCUUUCCACCAGUUAUCUUUGUUCUUUCACUGCCUCUAUGUUGUCAGACUGCACAUCUGGUUUUCUAUUUUUAAAGAGCCAAAAUUUACUCUGUCAAAUAUUGGGGAGGGCCACACUCUUGUCUCUGCCCCUUGGAAUAAACUGUAAUGGUUGCCAAUAAUUCCACUGCCCUUGUCCUUCCACAACCCUAGACUUUGGACCUUAUUUCUCCUCCAGCACAAAGAUAGUCUCUUUCCCACUCUGUAUCAUCACUAAUAUUUAAACAAAAAGCAAAAAUAAAACUGCAGAUUUUGGAAAUCUAAAGUAAAAAUAAUAAAUGCUGGAAAUGCUCAGCAAAUCAGGCAGCAUAUGUGGAGAGAGAAACAGAGUUAAUAUUUCAAAUUGAUGACCUUUGGUGAAUACCCAGUUUUGAUGAAAGAUUAUUUGUUUUUAGUCCCCCUACCUUAAAUGCUUUCCAGCUAAAAGUGCACUUUCUCACGUUCAGACUUCACAGUUCUAAAAGAAAAACAUAAAAUGCUUAGCAGAUCAAAGAGCAUCUACUGGGGAGGGGGGGGUGGUAGGAGGGUGAGGGAGAAAGAGGAUUAAUGUUUUAAGUCAAUGAUCUGUUAUAGGAACUGGAAAAGGUUAAAGAAAGAACAGAAGAAAUAGAAGUAGGUUUUGGCCAUUCAGCUCCUUGCACCUACUGUGCCAUUCAUUAAGAUCAUGGCUGAUCUUUUACCUCUUCCUGUACCACUUUCCUUACUAACUCCUAUCCAUUGAUUCCUUUAAUAUUCAAAACUCCAUCAAUCUCUGCCUUGAAUAUUCUCAGGAACUGAACAUCCACAGUCCUUGGGCAGAGAAUUCCAAAGAUUCACUACCCUUUAUGUUGAGACUGUGACCCCUGGUUCUAGAUACCCCAGCCAGGGAAAACAACAACCCUGCUCUAUCCCAGUGCACACUGUAGAUCGUCUCUUCUAAACACAAGAGCGAAGGCUCAGUCCACUUAGUAUUCCCUAAUGACACAGUCCCCGUACCCUGCCCUCAAUUUCCAGGAAUCAAUCUGGUGAUUCUUUGUUCCUCUGGCUCUAUUGCAAGUAUUUUCUUCCUUGCAUAAGGAAACCAGACCUGUACACAGUGUUCCAGUUUUGGUCUUGAAUCUUACUCUUGUACUCAAAACCCCUUCAAUAAAAAUCAAUGCCUUCCUAAUUGCUAGCUGUGCCUGCAUGUUAACUUUCAUUGAUUCAUCUACAAAGAUAGUCUGAACACCAACAUUUUUCAAUUUCUCAUCUUUUGUUUAAAAAUACAGCUUUCCACAUUGUUUUCUAUCUGUCAUGCCCUUACCUAUUCACUUCACUUUUUCUUAUCCCCCUGAAACUUCUCUAUAUCCUCCCCACAACCCACACUGCCACCCAACUUCAUAACAUCAGCAGACAUAAAUAAAUUACACGAUCCCCUCAUCCAAAUCUUUGACACAGAUUGUCAACAGCUAGGCUCCUGCACCAAUCGCUGUGGUACCCCUCUGAUCAAAGCCUCUGAACCCAACACUGACUCAUUUAUUCCUGUUCUCUUUUUCCUGUCCAUUAACCAAUCCUUGGUCCCUGCCCUUCUUAUACCCCAAAUCAUAUAUAAUCUAAUUUUGUUCAAUAACUUCUAGUGUAGCACCUUAUUGAAGAGCUUAUGACAGUCCUUCUCAUCUAUUAAUGUUACAACCUCAAAAACUUUCAACAGUUUUGUUAACCAUGAUCUCCCUUUCAUAAAUCUGUGUUGACCCUGCCCAAUUCUAAUAUCAUUUUCCAAGUGUUGCGUUACCACUUCUUUAGUAAAGGUUCUAGUAUUUUCCCUACCAGUGAUGUCAGCUGACUUGUUUAUAGUUCCUGCUUUUUCCUUUUCCUUCUUUCUUAAAUAGUGGGCUUACAUUAGUUACUUUCCAGUCUGUGGGAACCAUUUUAGUAUGUAUGGAGUUUUGGAAGAUGACAGCCAGUGCAUCCACUGUGUCCAUUGCCACCUCUUUCAAAACCUGGGGAUGCAGUAAAUCAGAUCCUACCUACUUACAGUCCCAUUAAUUUCACCAACACUAUUUUUUAACUAAUGCUAAUUGCAUUCAGCUCCUCAUUCAUUCUAGACCUAUUCUCCAGUGUUUCCAGGAGGUUUACUGCACUUUCCACUGUUAUAGUAUGUAAAGAUUAGUUGCAGAACAUAAGAUUGAAAUGCCUCAGUUGACGUAAGUGCCUCUUAGUGGCAUCAGCACAAUAUAUGGAGAAACCAACAGCAAUUAAUGCAGCUGACAAGGAACAAACUUGAAAUCUUUCUGACUGAGAGAUGGCAAACAACUGUUUUAAAAUAAUCUGGAAUCCAAAUCCAAAGGAAGGAAUGAGCAAAGUAGAACUGAUAAAGAAUGUCCUAUUUCAAUGCAUUCUUCCUUCCAUUCACAAACCUUUAGUAGAGCAGAUCCUGACCCACAAUCAUAUCGUACUGUAUAUCCAUGUUGAAAUCUAUUUUCUGUAUUAUGCUUAUAAAUCAGAAUAAUUCUGUAUGCAAAGAACAACUACAGCCCAGAAUUCACCAAGGUCCCCUAAAUAAGUAAGUGAAAAUCAAAAAAAAACUGCAGGUGCUGGAAGUCUGAAAUAUAAACAGAAAACGUUGUAAAUACUCAGUAGAUCAGACCACACCUGUGGGAAGAGAAACAGCUAACGUUUCAGGUUGAAGACCCUGUUCUGACAAAGAGUCUUCAACCUGAAACAUUCGCUCUAUUUCUCCUCCACAGAUGCAGCCUGACUUGCUGAGUAUUUUCAGCACUUUAUGUUUUUAUUUAAGGCCCCCUUAGCCCAUGGCCCAAUCUCAGCAUGUGCAAUGGAUCACAGACAUACACUGAGACAACCUUGAAUGUGCCCACAUCUCUCCCUGCCCUUAAUUCUGCUUCCUCUAUCCCAGUCCUUGCUUUUCUGCUUCAAACUGUAUCCCAGGUACUAAUUUUUCCCACUCUUAUCUACAUCCUCCACACUUUGGUUCUUUUCUGAACAUUGCUUGUUAUGCUACAAUUGCUUGGCACCUAACCUUCAUCUUCUCCCAGCUGUAAACUUCUCUCCAACCUCUGGAGAUCUGGAGACCACACACUGGUUAGACUGGGCCAAAGGUUUUUCACAGAAUUAGGUUUUGUGGAUCCUUGCUUCCUUCUUUCCCAGCUCAUCUCAGCUGAUCAGAAGAAGGUAGAUCUUCACUUCAUCUUACUGGAUCUCCUCCAUUAUCAAAACAACCUGCCGUCUAUGCACAUAGGAUCCAGCACGUAAAGAGAGAACAAAGCACUCUUUAUAUUGCCUUUAUAAAAUCAAAGUGUAGCGGCAGUAAAUGGGUGAACAAAGUAAAGAAAGAAGAAAUGGCAAAAACUUAGAGAUAGGGAAGGACAGAGGAGAUUGUAAAUGUGAUGGAAAGGCUGGAGUUAAAAAGAAAGGCAGAAAAACUUUUUGAAUAAACAAUGAUCUGUACUACUGCUUACUGUAGCUGUGUUGAUCUCUUUAUGUUUUAACUUUAUGUUUUAAGUUGUAGUUGUUAUUCAUGAAGAACAUUAGGGGAUGUACACUGAGAGUUCUACUGUGAGCUGUCCACUUAUUCAAAAUUAAAAUCACAAGUUAAAUUGUCACUGUAGCUACUAUCUUCAUCUGAGACUGUUCCCCAUUAACUAAUUUUAUGGUUCAUUCCCAUCAUCAAAACUUACCAAAGAAAAUCCAGCACUAAUUCUCUGGUGCUUCAAAAUUACCCUGACAACAGGCAAUUAGAGUAAUUUUACCAUGGCAAACAUAUCUCAAGUAAUACAUGUUCGUAAUUCCUAUACUUUGUCCCUUUUCAUCUAUUCCUUUCUUCCAAUGCAUCUUCCUUUACAGAAAUAAUUGGGGACUCUGGAAAUUCACUUAAAAUUUAGCACAAUUGUAGACAAAGCUUAUUUCCAUUGACAAGUAAUCCUACACAUCUAGUACAAAAACCUUGAAUCUAUGCCAUUCCAAACCAUUAAUGUGUCAUUUUUUUUAGCACCACAAUGAGUAAUAGCUGUAAUUUACAGUUGGAGGACCAGAAUAGUUCAAGGAUAUUGUCUCAUGAUUGGAACUAAAUUAAAGCCUUUAUCUGCUUCAGCUGUAUGAUUUCUUUAUCCUAUACAUAUUCUUUCUUCCAAUAAUAAUUAAAGUACCAUUGGAACCCAAUAAUGAAAGAAUCAAUCGUGAUAUUUUUGUACCAAAAUAAUACAAAAUGAUUGAUAUAUCAUUCAAUAAGUGAAAACUUGAAUGCUCUCCAAAAGACUCAGUGAAUAAAUGAACUGCUUAUUAUAGCAAUGAACCAGGUCGAACAGGAAGGUCUCUGCUCACUUGGCUGAUUUCAACUGGAAAGGUGAUUGGAGAACUGCAAAACAAGGUUGGAGUGACACCACUUGGACGUCACUAUCCCCAACAUUGCAAGGAGGCAGAACUCAGCUUUACCACAGUGUCAUUUAUGGCCUGCUGAUAUGCAUUGUCUAGAUGCAUAGGUUGAGCACAAAUCAAUACCUUUAGAAGAAAUGGGGAGGGAUUUAAAGGAAGAGGAAAUAAGCACUUUCUCAGUUAAUGAAACAGUUCGAAGAGGGCAAAAAUUCUCCUGCCAGAUAAUAGUGAAAAUACCAAAGGUAAGUACAAAAUUAGAAAUUUUAGCUGUAUUAGCUCACCAACUUUAGCUGAAGUUCCCCAAGAGCCGAGCACAUCUUUCAGCAGAUUAAUUUUGUGCUGCGCCAGGCAUUCUCUCCAAUGGUCGGGAAGCUGACAGCAUUAUUUCACACUGGCCAUUACGUUGCUUAUGAUGACAAUACAGAAAAUGUAUCACUCACAUAACUUGCAGAUUACAACAGUGAGAAUUUUAGAGUGCGUGACGUAAAGGAUCUAUUAUUUUGAGAUUCUGAGAACUCACAGUUCUAAGGGAUGCAACAAAAUGCAGCUCCAAUAUAGAAUGUGACUGGGCUAUGUAGAUUCAGCAUAUAUAUACUACUUUGUAGCAUGACAUAGUAAAAUGUGUAUAAUGUUGAAAAACUCUAAUAAAAAGUGAUAUUCUGCCAUUGUCAGAGAUUUGCCUGCAGAUCACUGAAAUGUUGGCUUAGUGAGCCCUGCUCACAGGAACAGUGAACUGUUAUAAAAGCUUUGAUGUUGGGUUUGUAAGUGAAGUAUAAUUUGUCACUUUGCGUAUUUAUCCUGCAUGCUGUAAGGUGCCUGUAUUUAUGUGUGAGAAGUUUUCUGAGCAAUACGGGUUAAUCACUCCAGUGCUCUCCUCAGAGGAUGUGCUCCAUCACUUUGAGGUGUAGUUCUUCCUGUUGAUAUAAAUGGGAGAGAUGUGCAUCAGUGAAGCUAAAUUUCAGAAGUGGAAUAUAACAUACCGUCUUAUCACAGGGUUAACUCAUGCUACCAAAAACGAGUGGUUACCCUUUUUGCUGCAAGUCAUCAUGGGCACAAAAUUGGAAAUCUUGUUUUGUUAAAGGUUAAAAUUAGCAACAGUAAGAAUUUCACCUCAUCACCACCCUUUUCAGGGCACCAGGAAAUGGGCAAUAAGUAUUGGCCAUGUCAACAAUGCCCACUUCCCAAGAAUGUAUUUAUAAAAGAUGUUAGUUUACAACAAAACUUCCAUAUUUGCCAGCAUUCUUGUUUAUGAAGAGCAAGUAUAUAUUUUGAGGGAGAUAAUUUUUGUUGUCAAAUAUACAUACCUUAGUAAAUAGGGAAAAGAACCAAUUAAUUUUUGAAACAAAACUGCAAGUUUAAAAGGAGUAGCUAAUUUUAGUUGUUUCAAAUCAAAAUAACAUAUCUUCAUUGUUCCAAGGGGAAAUGUGAAAAUUUGGUGCCUUCAUAGACAUAAUAGUAUCUGUCUUUUGAAAAUGGGUUGGAAUCUAGGUCAGCAUAUAUGAAAGGCACAGCCUUAGAAUGCUAGAAAGGACUAUUUCAUAGGGUUGGCACAGUUAUUCAGCACUUUCUUUUGACCUCUGAAACUAGGUUUGAAUCCAACAUUAUCCAACUAAAUGGAAGCUUUAUUUAGGACUUUAAGGGUUCCAUAUCAGACAAGCUGGGCACUCGUUAACUGAGAUCUUAGUGGGACCCAGCCCCAAAGCUGCAAAAUUUUAAUUUGAUGUUAUCUGGUGUUAAAUUAGAAAUCUCAAUCGGACAAGCAAGGUUCUCUUCUAAGCUGAGGUAGAAGCCCAUAGUUUGUGAGGAGUGAACAGUGACUUGAGAACAACUGAUUCUGCCAGUGGGUUCCCAGAGUCAACUGAAUUGUUACCUGAUUGAUCAUUAGAAGCGAGAUUGAAAUAUUAAAUGUUUUAUUGCUAACAAUCCCAGCUAUGGCAAUACAAUUAACCAAUUAAGAAAAAUAGUAAAAUAUCAGAUCAACUUUUGGAAUGAAUAAUUUACAUUUAUUUGUUUUGCAAAGUCCAUCUGUGUAGAUAAUACAUUCUGUUCAGAGAAAUCAAAGAGCUCAUUCCAGAGUAACAUAGUAGAAGCAACUUUAAUAUUAAAAGACACUAUUAAUAUUGCUUUCUGCACUCCUAACACUAUUAAUAUUGCUUUCUGUAAUCCUAAAAUUAAUGUCAUUUAUGUUGUAAGUUCCUGAGCCAAGAAAUAUUUGCAAAUACUGUAACUAAGCAUUGUUAUCAUAAAUGUUAAU